GCUUCGAGGGCACGCUCGUGACUACAUACGGUGCCCGUCGAAUGGAGAUCCUUUUCCAUGGAGGAGAGCAAGUUGCCUCCAGUAAUUGAAGCCCAAAAAGAGAGCGAGAGAUUGAGAGAGAUUGAGACAGAGAAGUAAGUGGUGAAGCUCCGGCAAUCCGGCUGUGAAGAUGAACGGUGACCCGGGGACGAUCUGCGCUGUACAAUUCCCUACUUUCUUCUUCUUCUUCUGCCUUCUCCCCCUCUCUCGUGGCAGUUGUUGGUUUGUGACUAGCUGGGCGGAGGAGGUGGUGGUCUUUGCUGCUGCUGCACUUGGGUACCAUGCGUGUGGAUUCUCUACUGCUGCUACCAUGGUCGUCGUCGAUUGUUGUUUGUAUCAGAUGCUUCCCAAAGCGGCCGCUGCCGAUGCGGGUCCGAUUCUUUGAGGUCGUGGUGCUUCGUUGCGUGACGCUGUGACUGCUUGUAUUAUAAUGUCCAUUUCUGGUGCGUAACUUCAACCACGUGGGGGUGUUUUUUCUGAUCAGUUGCCGUGAUUUUCGUCUGAUUGUUAGUUAUGGCGGUCUUUAAAUGAAUUGGCGUUGCGAUGAGGACUGGGACUGAGAGGAAUUGGAAGGACGCCUUGGGUCGGUCUGGGAAAUUGAACGUGAUGAGACACAGGAAAUCAGUUUGCUUUGGAUUGUGUUGUUUUAUGUUGUUCUGGGCAUUGCUGUUUGUUAGAUGGUGAAAAGACGGUUUGAGAGUGGUCAGAGGGGUAGAAAAUGAAAAGUUGGAUUUAGAAAUCGCUGCUACCACUUUUCGUAGCACAUUUUCGGCAGUCAUAUCCCCAUGGCUUCCUUCGUUUAUGAUCACACAAAUGGUGCAAAUUCUUGCAAUGUCGAAGGUGUGUGAUUUGUGGUUGCCUAUGCGUUUCUUGUACAUUCUCUCUUGCAUCGGCGUUAUCCCAACUUCGUCUAUGAAAUGGGAUGGUCUAUCAGGAAACAAGAGUUACAAAUUCCUAGGAGAGAAAUGCUUUUCCCUUUGUUUUCUGAAUUUCACCGCCAGCCAUUGUUCAGAUAUGAGUGAAGUAAUGUUAGGGAUUUGCUCGGUUCCAAUGACGGGCACAACUAACUUCCUCACAAAACACCGAGUUUUUUUCGGAGAGAUAACCCUCGCUGCCGCAAAGAAGCUGUAAAUUGAUGUGUAAGUAGCUUUUUCAGACUAUCAGUACAAACGCUGGAUGUUCGAAGAUAUACAAUCGAACGAAGAGGCCAUCGAGGUCACCAUUUGAGGCAGCAGCUCCACGACCAAGACAUUCUUUGCUUUGUCAAUUAGAGAAUAGAAUUCGAGAUGAAGGCGAGGAGGAUAUUCACUGCUCUACACGCAGCAUCUCGAGUAUUCAAUGGUGGAAGUCCUCUUCGGAUCCCUAAUCGAAUCCUCGGCCAAUUCAUUUUCCCACCUACAGGCGCCAGGUCCUACUACAUCCUUCAUGAAUCCAUUCUCACGCGCGCAGUUGGGAGAUCCAGUUCUUCCCUCCAGCGCAACUAUCAUCUCAACUUCAGUUCCCGCGUGAGAUUCAACAGUGCAGCGACAGAAAGGAUAUGUGUCAAAGAUGUGGAGAGAGAUUCUGUUUCAGCCACGACUGCUAUUGAGAUUGCUGCUAUGCCAGCUACAAAACCAGACCAGAAACCGCGUGUUGUUGUGCUGGGAACUGGCUGGGGGGCUUGCCGUUUACUCAAGGACAUCGACACUCGCAUCUACGACGUAGUUUGCAUCUCGCCUCGCAACCACAUGGUAUUCACGCCCUUACUAGCAUCCACAUGUGUCGGAACACUUGAAUUUCGCUCCGUAGCAGAGCCUGUGCGAAUCAUCCAACCUGCACUGGCGAAGGAUCCCGACUCCUACUUCUUCCUUGCUCGAUGCACAGACAUUGACACCAGCAACCACGAAGUGCACUGCGAGUCGGUUUAUGAUGGUGAUACAGGUACCGCAGGAGGAGAAAAGUUCAAGAUUGCUUACGACAAGUUGGUCAUUGCCACAGGCGCAGAGGCCACAACGUUUGGCAUUGCCGGGGUUCAUGAGCACGCCAUCUUCCUGCGCGAUGUCAAAAACGCUAUAGACAUCCGCUCGAAGUUGAUGCUCAAUCUCAUGGCUUGCGAGAUUCCGGGCACGGACAUCGAGGAGAGGAAGAGGCUCCUCCACUGCGUAGUGGUGGGAGGCGGACCCACAGGGGUGGAAUUUUCCGGCGAGCUCAGUGAUUUCAUCCUACGUGACGUCCAGCGCAAAUUCUCCCACGUCAAAGAUCACAUCGCUGUGACUCUCAUCGAGGCAAACGAGAUUCUCUCCUCAUUUGAUGUGCGCCUCCGCCAAUACGCCACAAACCAGCUGACGAAAAGCGGAGUUCGACUAAAGCGAGGAAUGGUAAAACACGUCCUACCGAAGAAACUGAUCCUCAGUGACGGAUCCGAAGUACCUUACGGGCUUCUCGUCUGGUCAACAGGCGUCGGACCAUCAAAAUUUGUGACAAACCUCCCAUUUGAGAAAUCCCAAGGUGGGAGAAUCGGCAUCGACAACAGCCUUCGAGUCCCAGCACACGAUGACAUAUACGCCGUCGGGGACUGUGCAGGAUAUCUAGAGGGCACAGGCAAGACACCGUUGCCAGCAUUAGCGCAAGUUGCAGAGAGGCAAGGCAAGUACUUAGCGACGGCAUUGAACCAGCUCGGGGAAUCGGGUCACGGCAGAGCAGGAGUAGCGGGAUCAUCAACAGCACCAGUGUCGGACCCAUUUGUGUACAAGCAUCUGGGGAGCAUGGCGACGGUGGGCAGCUACAAAGCAUUGGUGGACUUGAGGGAGAGUCCGCAUGGAUCGGGCUUGUCGAUGACGGGAUUCAAGAGCUGGCUUGUGUGGCGCUCCGCCUACUUGACAAGAGUGAUCAGUUGGCGAGCUCGCUUCUAUGUGGCCUUCAACUGGGGCACUACCUUUCUCUUCGGCCGGGACAUCUCUCGCUUCUAGCACCUCUCUCUCACUCUCUCUCACUCUCACUCUCUCGCUCACUCUUCAUCUCUUCCUUCCUCACAGCGAUGGCGAUGGCGAUGCUGUAUAUCCUGCUUCACCACUGCACCUGCAACUGCGAGAUCAGAAUGCGACGGGGAUGGCAGCGCAUUGUCCAAGGCUCAUGUGAUGUGUAUUAGACAUUUAUAGAAAACAUUUGUGUGUGUGGGUGUAUGUUUUUUUUACUUCGUUAUGUAUAUAUUGCGGCUUCUGUUUAAUGUUAAGUUUUCGGCGCCAGUGAUUAUUUUAUGAUUGAA